AUGGUAACUGACGAUGCAGAGCUCCUUCCCCCUCCUCUCUCCUCCCCCCCUCUCCUCACACUGCCCCCCCUCCCCCUCUCUUCCUCCCCCUUUUCGCAAUGCUCUGAACUCGACCUGUCCAUCACACUCAGCCCCGCCCUGAAGAUUCACCACACACACCUGAAGCCCCGCCCACUGGAAACAACUCAGCAGAGUGACCAAUCACAGCCAAAGCCCUGCCUACAAGGCCAGACAGGCAGAAAGGUGCGUUAUAAAGAGCCGGUGGUUGUCACGGUAACUCCAGAGCCUCACAUCACAGUGAACAGGGGGACACCGCCUGAGCAGCCAAUCAGAGGUCAGAGAAGGAGCAGAGGACGUCACCAUGAAUUCUCGGAAAAGCAAGUGGAGCCUUCUCCUGCACUAUCCAAUCCAAAUCCAGGCUGCCUUGAAAGGGCGGAGCUAAACACCACUCUGGCUCUGAAGGCGGAGCUUCAGUCCCUGCAGGGGGCGGAGUUCAACACCCGGAGGGUCGUUCAGGAGACUAUACAGCGAUCAGAGAGAACUAAAAACCUGAUCAAUACUCGAGCUACUGAAGAAGUGAAUGUGUCUCGCUCUCAGGUUCUCUUCAGCUCAUUGGUCAGCGUGGAUGUUCUGGAGGAUCAGCUGAUCAGUCAGGUGUAUCAGGAGAGGCUGCCACUGGCCCUAACCCAUGACAACAAGGCACAAGAUGUCCCCUCCCUCUUCCCCUUAAUGAGAUCUCUUCUUCUUAGACAAAAGCCCCUCCCCAUGGAGGAGGGACCAAUCAGUGACACGCUCCGCCCACAAAGACAUCCGACAUGUUCAACGUUUGACCUUUACAGAAGAAGGUCACGCUGUGAGGCCACACCCUGAACAAUACAAAGAAGUGUUGUGAUUGGCUGGACUGUGAUGUUAAUUUAAAUUAGUAUUGAUUGAAUUGUUGAUAAUUUAGAAACUUAAUUUUUCAUUUUAAUCACAUCAAGUGAUAAUAAAGUGUUUUCCUCUCUCGA